UGCUAAGACAAAGCUAUUAUCUAUUUAUUAUUAUCUAUUUACCUGUUAACUGCUUCCCUGCUUUGAAAAACCAUAAAAGAGAGAAGCCAGCUAAGAGCCAGAAACAUCUGUGUAUAGGCAGUAUUAAACUUAGAGCUGCUUCUCUAAGAUGAAACAAUUAUAUUACCCAUCAUUUACCGCUUAAUGUUCAUAAGGCUGCAGUGAUUAACCAUUUUAAUGAAAAUAUUCCACCCUUUCAUUUUUCAGCCUGGAUGCAUUUGUCUCUUUCUCUCAUUUCUCUGAAAAAUUUCAUAUCUGUGCCUCUCAAAAUAUACAUUGCAAUAUCAUCACUAUCUUGUGCAGAUGUGAGAUAUAUCAAAUAUUGAGAACAGAUUAAUAUGAGCAUCAGUGACAUCCUCAGCCCUUCCGAUAUUGCUGCUGCACUCAGAGACUGCCAGGCUCCAGAUAGUUUCAACCACAAAAAAUUCUUUCAGAUCAGUGGCAUGUCCAAAAAGAGCAGCAGCCAAGUGAAGGAGAUCUUCUACAUCCUAGACAAUGAUCAAAGUGGCUUCAUUGAAGAAGAUGAACUCAAAUAUUUCCUCCAGAGGUUUGAGUGUGGAGCCCGAAUGCUAACAACUACAGAAACCAAAACAUUUUUGGCAGCAGCAGACCACGAUGGAGAUGGAAAAAUUGGGGCUGAAGAAUUCCAGGAAAUGGUGUACUCCUAAGGUACUGAAAAUGACCGUGCAUGAUGGAAGAACUGAUGCAUCUAUAGGAGACAGUCCUACAAAAGAUGUUAACCCAGGAAUCUUUUGUUAAUUUUAUUUUUCUCUUGGUUGUGUCUCACUGGUUUAUAGAUUAAAUUAGGUACUCCUACACUAGUUAAUAAAAGUGAUGUUGUGCUGGUGUAAA